CCUUACUGCCACUCUUUGUUCAUGCAUACAGUAUCAGUACAGUACAGGUAUCCGAUCUCAUCAUUUUAUGUACUGAACUUUAACUUUAAUACUUUGAAAUUUGUUACUCUAUUUAUCAAAUCCUGGAAGAAAAAUCACUUGAAGGUCUUAACAUCUGAAAAGGUUUGUUACUAUAAAUUAUUUCAUUUUACAAAAGAGGCUUAUGAUUAGAUAUUUAGAUGUAGUGCUCUGGUUAAAGAAAUAUGUUUGCUCGAUAAGUUUUAAAAAAUGUUUUAUAUGGCUCUUUAAACAAAAUGGUUCACAAGACGAAAUAUUGGAAUCUCCCUUUGUAUUGUGCAUAUAUUUUAUAUAUUUAAAGUAGGAUUUUGACUUUGUAACACAAUAUUGCAUUUGUUGUCUUGCAGCUUCUUUGCUGUAAUUUAUACAAACCUGAUCUCCAUUUGUCAUUUAUCUGAGGAUUGAGACUAAAUCAGGAUGUUGACUACUGCAGCUCUUAUUCUCAUUGUCACCAGUAAAGUUGUCCUAGGACAGGAUGAAGGAGAGAUAUAUCAAUUGGAUAUGGCAGAGGAUUCAGUUGAUGACCAGUAUGAUGGUUGUACAGAGAAGAUGGCAAACCUGGUGAAGAAAGAAUAUUUAAACAAAGAAAUCAUUCCUAUACUUCACUUUAAAGUAGAUAAUACAAUGAAAAAUGAAGAUAACUUGAAUGGCAACCAUUUAAGUGCCAUUUCUGCAUACACAAGUGGUGAAAUAUACAAUAAAUUCAAUCAUGAUGUUAGGAAUGGUAAACAAAAAUACAAAAACGGGAAAUUUGAAUGGUAUUCACUUCACUUUUUCUUGACAGAAGCGAUACAGAUUCUUAAGAGAACACAAAAUGAAUGUCAUUUAACUUAUAGUGGCACCAAACGUAGGUUUAAUGAGAAUAUUAAAAAGAAUACAGAGAUUCGUUUUGGCUCAUUUGCGUCCUCCUCUCUUAAACGUGAAACAACAACAAUGUUUGGAAAAGAAUCUUGUUUUGAAAUCGAGACUUGUUAUGGUGCUAAUGUGACCAAAUACUCUCGAUUUAAUGAGGAGGCAGAGGUGCUGAUUCCCCCAUAUGAGAAAUUUAAAGUCACCGCUAUCAGAAAGAAAGGUGAGAAGGAUGCCUGGUGUAACACUGUGUUUGUGUUAAAGAGCUCUGGGAUUAAAAGUAAUUUAAACUGUGCAGUGGCAUCAGUCGAGCCCAAGAAAUUCAGUAUUAAAUCAGCUUUUAACCGUUUGUUAAAUAAGCUAGGUAUUAAAAAAUCAUAAGUGUCAAAAAUCUCUCCAUUUCUUACCCUUUUCAUUCUGCAUUUUAAACUAAAAUAUGAGAUACAAGGCAUUAUAAUAACUGCAUGAAUAAAUUACACUUUGCCUAUAUUCUAUUUUGUAUGUUGUUCUCAUGACAUGGCUCUUUAAGAUAAUUGAUUCUUGUCAGCGGUGACAUUUUAAGACCUGUUAUACUCCAAUAGCAAUCGCUUAUACUAACACACAGCUUUUUUAUGUACUUUGAGUCAUCUUGACCUAUAUGACUUAUGUUUAAUGUAUCACUUUGCUUUCUCUCUUCUCAUGACAUGUUUGAAUUUGAUACA